UCUGCCUGCAUGACUUUCACAACUCGGAUAUUCUCCUUCUCAAAGCUUCAUCGAUCCCACUCAGUACCCAGACUCUACACCCCAACUACCCUCAUCUUCUACAGAUCAAUGGCUGCCCAAGCAUCUAUCGCAAAACUUCAUAGCCCCUUGAAGGAGCUACUUACUGGUGCUCUAACUGACAUUACCGCGGCUUUUGGCCGAACCGAGAAGGAUCAGGUUGAAGUGGCUGAAUGGGUGGAAAAUGUUGCUAGUGGAACAGUAGGAAGACCCGAGGAUCUCAAGGACCUCGAUACACAACUUGUACCCCGGACAUACCUUGUUAGCAAUUACCUGACUGCAGCUGAUGUUGCAGUAUACGGUGCUCUGCACCCGGUCUUCUCUCAACUACAGUCUGCACAAUAUUAUUCUCAUCCGGCCCUCACGCGAUACUUCGAUCACAUCCAAAGUCGUCCUGCAGUACGCAAAGCUGCCGAGGGGCUUGCACCUGCUUUCUCUCUAGUGACUUUUGACCUGGAAAGUACGCCCAAGGUCGAACGUAAGGCCGAUGCGCCAAAAGAGAAGAAAAAGACUGCGAAGCUAACAACUGAAACACCUGCUGAGUCUUCGAAGGUCCUUGGGAAGGAAAUCAAGAAGGCCGUAGCUGCUGAACCCACUCCCGGAGUUGAGGGUGCGCAGGCAGGAAAGGCGCAGAAGAAAGAGAAGAAAGAGAAGAAACCUGCUGCUGCUAACGAGGGUGGUAAGAAGGAUGCGGGAGGUAAGAAGGCUGCUGCUGAACCCGAGGGUAAUGGAGAACCUGUUCCUUCUAUGAUCGACCUUCGCGUUGGACGUAUUGUCGAUAUCAAGGUACAUCCUGAUGCAGACGGCUUGUACGUCGAGCAAAUUGACUUCGGCGAAGAGAGCGGCCCUCGAACGGUUGUUUCUGGUCUGGUCAAGUAUAUCCCAAUUGAACAAUUGCGGGACAAGUUCCUUGUCGGUGUGUGCAACCUGAAACCCGCAAACAUGCGAGGCGUAAAGAGUUUCGCAAUGGUACUCUGUGCAACACAUCCAGAUGGUAAAGAGGCAGGUAUCGAAGUCGUCCAACCUCCACCGAAGUCUAAAGUGGGCGAUCGUGUCUUCUUCGAAGGUUCUGAGUAUGAGAAUGCUACCCCGCUUUCGCAACUCAACCCUAAGAAGAAGAUCUUCGAGACCAUUCAACCGGGCUUCACCACGCUCGAGACCAAGGAAGCCGCCUGGGUCAACCCUGUUACCAAGACCGUCCACAGGAUACGCAGUACCGAGGGUGUUUGUGUCGCGCCCUCAUUUGUCGGCGCGUCCCUCUCAUAGAAGAAUACCACAGCUUAUGUGUAGAGUAGACCACAAAUGAAGUUCUCCCCAUUUGCGAUGCAAUAAUGUUGUCAUUAGAUUUGGUGGACACGAAGGCACAUUAUUCUUGAUAUUGUUAAAGUGAAAGCUAUCGAUUACUUAUUCCCAUACAUACAUGCAUUUGAUUCUCGUACAUAGUACAGCAAAAUUCGGGGUAUUAGUCGCAAAGUUCCAUGACGCUACUAGUACAUACAACGCUACAAUGAAACGAAAAUGUCCGCUAGAAAAGAAAUACAAAGGUUCUUUAGUCAGAGUC